UAAUUAGUUGUAAUUAUAAUAAAAAAUAUUUAUGUAUUAUUGGUUUAGGAAAAUUUGUGGCUAGUGCCCGCUUUUAACAUGUUCGGAACUAAAUUCACUUUCUUCCUAUUACUUUUGCAAUGGGUACCAUCUCUGCUGACACCUCUACCUCAGGAAGAUAAAUCUACUCUCGAUGAUUUAGUGACGCUAGACCCAAACAUUGCCGAAAAUGAUGAAAUUGUAUCAACAAAAGUUAAGAAAUCUACAGUUUCUCUAAAAAAUGCGACUGAACCAGCCAUAGAUGAUAGCGGUAAUCUAGGCGCUGAAACUACAGCCGCAACUGGAGAUAAAGUUAAAGAAGAAAAUAAUACAAAAUCUGAUAAAAAAGUAGCAAACGAUCAUGAUGCAUCUAAACAUGAUACUCCAGUGAUAAUAGAUGAAGAUUUAGAGCUCCCAAAAGCAGAAACUCCUUCCUUUAGGUCGCUGGUACCAUUGAUAAAGCUAAAAAAACACAUUCCAAUACCUAUAAUAUUUAAAAAACAAGAUCUAGAUUUGGCACAAGAUAUUCUGAAAGGAGGUCUUAUUCCACAUUCGAACAAUCUACCGAUUGACGGUUUAAUAGGCAAUGCAUUUGAUUUCAUCAGAAGAUUAAAAAGAGACACUGAACAGAUAGAAAAAGACAAAGAAAAUUGUAAUUCAGUUAAUGCUGAUGAAAAUUGUGAACCAAAAUCUUUGGAAAAUUUGUUAAUUAAUCUGAAUUCUGAAGAUGAAUUAAACUUGACUAAAGAUGCCGCAUCACCUACAGUGCUAACCUGUCCUAUGUCAGUAUUUCUUAAAAUGGUAUCUGAAGAGAUUUUAAAUCAACUAGAUGACUCGCUCGUACCAAAGAACGUUCGUGAGAUUUUAAACUCUAUUGCUAAAGGCAAUGAUGAUACAUUACGUUUGAUUAAUAAAGAGUUGUCAGGGAUACCUAUUCCUAUAAAAGUGAAGGUAGAUUUACAUGAUAAGGACACGAAGAAUGUAUUAAAUGAGCUGUCUGAUUUCGUUGAUAUUGCACUCUGUUCUACAAGUUAGUAGUAUGUUAGGAAAUAAAACAU